AUGAAUAACCGACCGAGGCUCCUCCUAAAUUCACGUCGCCGGCAAAUAAACGGAGAACAGCUCCCGCUGCCGAACACCAUGAGAACCGCCCCGACGUACAUGUGCCCGAUAUGCAGUUCGCCGUGUAUUAAACGCCCUAUUAGCCUUGAAAACAUAAGAACGAUUAAGUUUCGGUUUUUGUGCCUCGACUGUAACUAUACGUCGAGACAUACAUUUACGUUUUUACUGCGGAAUCGACCGAAGCCAUCACGAGAAAAUCGAAGUGAAAAUGAACGGGGUGACCAAGGAAAACAACAAGCCGAACAAAAACAGAGACAAGAACAACAGUGCCAGACGACGGGCGAAGUGUCGUCUACGCGGGCCCGCAACGCCGGCGACGGCAUAGUUAACUAUCUUCCUUUUUCGAUUCAGCGGUUGUUGGAUAUAAACUCUCCGCUUUCCGCACCGCCGUCGUCUUCGGAGAAUCACGCGGCGACAUCACCGUCGUCUUCGGAGAAUCACGCGGUUACAUCAUCGUCGUCUUCGGAGAGCCGAACGGUCGUACAGCCGUCGUUUUCGCAGGACCGCGCGGUCGCACAGCCGUCGUCUUCGCAGGACCGCGCGGUCGCACCGUCCAACCGCGAUUUUGACUCAGCCGCCAUGGACCCCGUGAUGAAGCUGCGGCUACCGCUCAAGAAGCGUCAGGUGUACACAAAUCCGGACGCAUAUUUCCAGCCCUCAAAGGUUCUCGUGGUUGCUGACAAUGUUCCUCUGGAUUUGACCCCGUCCCGUCUGCCGCAACAUCCUGCUUUAGAUCCGUUCAGGAUCGUGCAUAACCGCGCUGACAUGGAUGUGCCAUACAUUUGUGAAAAAUGCGGAUUGAUAUUUUGCGACGCCAUUUUGUACACUCGCCACUCGAGAUUUCACAACAGUAAAAAUCCUUUGAUGUGUAACGAGUGCGGCCUAGUCGUGUCCAAUAAGAAUGCGUUUUUGUCUCAUAUAUGCGAACACUAG